GAAAUUCAGGAAACAUCAGCUGGAGGAGACGCACGCUUUUCGGCAUUCCAACACCUUCUCAUAUCGGAACAAUAUGGUGGACUCUAGAUGGAAGGAUCAGAACGCUCGGGAUGAAUGGAUUCGAGAUGGAUUGGGACGACGCAAUGACGACGACGAACGAUCGAGAUGGAUGGCUUCGGGAUGGAUCGGGACGAUGGACGAGGACGACGAAGGAUCGGAUGGGUGGAUGGAUCGAUGGCAAUCCUGAUGGACUGAACUCAAGCAAACGAUGAUGAUCAAAGGAUGGAUGGUAGGAAGGAAGAAUGGAUGGAAAAAAGAAAGGCCAAACUUAUGCUGAAAUCUGUAGUGCAACAAUAUGGUGGAAGGAUCAGGACGAUCGGGAUGAAUGGCUUCGGGAUGGUUCGGGACGAUGGACGACGACGACUUCUAAUUUUUUAA